GAGAUAAUUCAUGUAAAAGAUAGUCACGUCUAUCCCUUUUGGGUAUCUGAAAAUAGCCAUGGAAACUCUCAGCUCAUCUGCUUCGAUCGUAUCUUCUUCAUCUUCUUCUCUUUCAUUCUUCUCUCCAAAGAGAAAAGAUUCUCCCAUAAGACUUCUCCGUAUCCACACUUCUUCCAAAAAGGAUGAAAAUGAUUCUGAUCUCCGAUCUGACUCGAAUGAUUCAAGCAUCGUCCCUUUCUUCAACAACUCCACCCUCUCCAAGGAUGCAGCGAUGGGCUUGGUUUUAAGCGCCGCUUCUGUUAGAGGCUGGACAACAGGUUCCGGCAUGGAAGGCCCUUCUGUUCCCGCCGGGACCGACGGUUCCAAUACGGAGAACGUAUCGACGUUACCGUGGUCUCUCUUUACUAAAUCGCCACGUAGGCGAAUGCGCGUGGCUUUUACCUGUAACAUUUGCGGUCAAAGGACGACUCGCGCUAUCAAUCCCCAUGCCUAUACUGACGGCACUGUUUUUGUUCAGUGCUGUGGAUGCAAUGUGUUUCAUAAGCUAGUGGAUAAUUUAAACCUGUUUCAUGAAAUGAAGUGCUAUGUGAACCCUAGCUUCAAUUACAGAGAUGCAAAAUGGGAUGUUGGGUUCAAGUUGUUUGAUAUGGAUGAGGAUGAUGAUGGAAAUGAUGCAUUUCCAAUAUAGGUGAUGAUAAUUUGAAUUUAUAAUGUAAAUUCGAUUCUUAUACAGCAACUUAUUUGUAUCUCUGAUUGUAUAUAGGGUCUUUCUCUUAGUGUAAUUUAUAAGUCUGAAUUGAUUUCAAGCUGAAGAAUGUUUCAUAUUUUGGUCAACAUUGAAUAAUGCUUGCUUGAUUUUAGAAAUUCGGCUAGAAUGAUGUUGACCGUUAAUCGAAGCUACAAAGCAUAUGCACCUGUUAUGAAUUUUCUUUUAUUUUCUAAGAAAAUUGUGUGUGUUCGGAUCUUAA